AUUGAUCUCAUAAUUUGUGACUCUUUACAACAUUUAAAACGUUUAGCUAUUGCAGUAACAGCUAUAAAAAAACAACGAGAUGGCAUCCAUCGCUACUACACGAACACCGCGGAAGGAAAAUACCAACUAUAAUUUACACUUCCGAAUGAUAAACGAGCAACAAGUGGAGGAUAUAUGUCUUGAUUUCUUCUAUAAACCACACACUAUCACUCUGCUGACAGUGACACUGCUCAGCUUGAUGUACUUUGCUUUUACCAGGGAUGAUGAGCACUCAGACAACAACCUCAGAGUUGGACUUUUAGUGGGAAUCUCCUUCUUCUUAGUCAUCAGUGUCCUGGCCUUUCCCAAUGGCCCUUUUACCAGGCCACAUCCUGCAAUAUGGCGAAUGGUGUUUGGUCUCAGUGUGCUCUACUUCCUCUUCCUGGUUUUCAUCAUCUUCCUGAACUGGGACCAAGUGAAGACUCUCAUGUACUGGCUGGACCCAGAUCUGCGCUACGCUACACGGGAAGCAGAUAUCAUGGAGUAUGCUGUAAAUUGUACAGUGAUAACAUGGGAGCGCGUCCUGAGCCACUUUGACAUCUUUGCAUUCGGCCACUUUGCAGGCUGGACCAUGAAGGCUCUGCUCAUCCGUAGCUACGGCCUCUGUUGGACCAUCAGUAUCACCUGGGAACUAACGGAGCUGUUUUUUAUGCACCUUCUGCCAAACUUUGCGGAGUGCUGGUGGGAUCAGGUGAUACUCGACAUACUGUUGUGUAACGGGGGAGGAAUCUGGCUGGGUAUGACCAUCUGCCGCUUUUUGGAGAUGAGGACCUACUGUUGGGCCAGCAUCAAGGAAAUCUACUCCACCACAGGGAAAAUAAAGCGAGCCGUGCUCCAGUUCACCCCGGCGAGUUGGACCUAUGUGCGUUGGUUCGACCCAAAGUCGUCCUUCCAGAGGCUGGCGGGCAUCUAUCUCUUCAUGAUCUUGUGGCAGCUGACCGAGCUGAACACCUUCUUCCUCAAGCACAUCUUCGUCUUCCAGGCCUCGCACCCUCUCAGCUGGUGUCGUAUCCUUCUUUUUGGAGUCAUCACUGCGCCUACUGUUCGGCAAUACUAUGCCUACCUGACAGACACUCAGUGUAAACGAGUGGGCACACAAUGCUGGGUGUUUGGAGCCAUUGCUUUCCUGGAGGCUCUUGUUUGUGUGAAAUUUGGACACGACUUGUUCUCCAAGACGCAAAUUCUCUAUGUUUUCCUUUGGCUACUCUGUCUGGCACUCAUCACACUUCUGUGUUUGUAUGGCAUGGUGUGGUAUGAACAGAAUAAAAUGACGAGCAUUUCUGUGCAAAAUGAGGACAGCGAUGAAUGCUGCGAUUUUGACUCGUGUGGAUUCAUCACUGACAGUGUUGGAGGUCAGAGGGAGACCCUGGGAUGUUCACAACCUGCAAAACAGAAGAGAGCGUCUGGGAGGAACAGAUUUGUGGAUGGCCAAGAAAGAAAGAAAAGACUCUAAACAACUCUUAACACUUAAAGGAUCCUCAAAGAAAGAGAUGGACGUACUCUAGAAAGAAGCCAACCAAAGGAAAACUUUUAUAAACUUAUGAUUAGGUGAGGGAAGAGUUGCAGACAAAAUCAUCUUGAUGCACUUUUAAAGAACAAAUCAAUUAAAUUUAGCAGCUUUCAGGCUUGAACUGAAAGUCUGGACAGUCUGUUUAGAUACUUCAGAGGGAACACAUGAGAAAGACUGCAGCGGUUUCUGCUGUGAUUCUCCUGCCAGCUUUUUUAGCAAUAUCUCUGGUUAAUGUCUGAGGGAUGAGAAAUUCUGGGCGAGUGUACUGCCUCCUGCAUGCUCAAGCCAGCUGCCACCACCUCAUCUGGAUCCUCAGGAGAUUCUCCAGCUGCUGUGGACACGUCAGCUCUGAGACACUGUUAUGUGUGAACGGCCAAGACUAGAGAUUGUCCAAUUCACUGUAUAUUAUACUAUGACGUCCAUGUCUGACAACAGCUUUAGAUAUUUAUUAGGAAUAUGCACUGAACUUUGAAAGAAUAUGUUGCCUUACACUGACUUCUUGAGCAUCACAUUCCUCAUAUACAGUAUAUACAGUAUAUGUACUGUAUGCUGCAGACACUUUGCACCUAAUCAAUUUUCUUGAACAUCACUUUGAAAUGCAUUGAAUAGCUUUAAAAGAAAAACUAAAAAUCACAAUAAUUGUUCCAUUUAUUUAUUUGGUGUUUGUUAUUUGUCAAUGUUGUUGCUUUGUUGUUGUUUGGCUUUUUUAUAGGAUUGCCAAAAGUGACCUAAUUUUUACUGGCAUAUAUAUUGUAUUUCCACUAUCAAAACAGCAUCUUUCUCUACUUUAAAAUUAAACCAAGUCUCAGUUUACGCUUUUAAUCGUAUACAUUUUUUUCAUUGUAGUUGUUGGAACUGUUGAGUCAGUUAUUUUUACAUUUGUUCGAGAUCAGGGAGAAAAUCAUUAUAUGCCAAUUUGCUAGUGACAGAAAACUGUGACAUUCAACAGCAAAGGACAAUCACAGAGCCUGAGCAGGUCUGCAUCGCCUGCAUUGGCACUAGGGAAGUUUUCAGGUCCCUGUCACGAUUAC